AGAACAGAUACGAGAUCAUCCAGUGAGUUUAUCUUCAAUGAUGGCAACAAAUUACCACAGAAUACAACGUUUGGCUUGAACAUAUCGAUAAAAGAGUCCAGGAAGAAUAUGUUCAAAGGGGUUCAUCUUCAAAGAAAAUCUUCAAUAGAAUUGUGAACUGAAUAGACAGCAGCAUCGGGAGUUCAGCAGGAAAAAGAAAGCAAGCGGCUUGUUUUAUCAAUUCAAGAUCGGUGGGCGAGAGAAGGUCCUAUCGAAAAAGUUAACUUCGUUGAAAAACCACCCGGCGAGAAGAUACCAUCCGAGCAGAAUGAACUAUGUCGCAGUUACCGUCACCGCGCCUACGACAUUACAGGACAAUGACAGCAAUUUGUUUUGUUUGCAACCUGCCAAUUUUGUCUCACCAAGUGGGUCUAGUGUGGCAAGGGGGCAAUGGCUGGGAUGAUCUAGUACGCGAACAGUUGGAAGAAUCGACGAUACGUCAAAGGCUAGGCGGUCGACGCGAUUCUGCCACGCAAAUAUGCAGCAUAUCACCACCUACGGAAACUCAAGAAACUUCACCGCCCGCAACGGGUACUACCAGAAGGAGGCGCAGUUCUUUGGCUCAAUUGACCGACAUUCUGCGAGAAUGGGGCGGAAGUACAAAGAAGCAGCAAAAGCAACUGUGCAGGCGAGAAACUUUGGCCGAUCUGGCCAGAUCUUUGCCUUGGGGAAGGCAAACUACCGCAGAGGCCGGACCGAUUCCAAGCAUAUCAACUCAAAGAAAACGCCGAGAAUCGAGUGCCGAUUCCGGAAUAAGAAGUAUGGGCUCAAAGUCUCGACGUGACUCCCACUAUACUGCUAUUUCAGAUUUUAGAUCUGAAGUUGCUAAAUUAUGGCAACCGAAAGAAGCGGCUACUACUACUGUCACCACGACUAUCAUCAGUCCUAGCAGCGCCAGCUAUCCAACUACUUCUCGAAGAGACAGUGAAGAAUCCAGUCGAAGUGGUAGAAGAGAUUCUUCGAGUCACUCUCAUCACGCUUCCAGAAGAGGAUCUGGAGAAAGUGGAAGAAACAGUAGAAGAGAUUCUACAGCUGCUAUAACUCCACCUCCACCAAAAAUCGUUGCCGCUAAGAAAAAGAGAAAAAGCUCCAGGGCUGUACCGGAAACACCGUACUAUAGGCAAGAGCAACGCCCUUCAACGUCUUCUACAGCAUCUGAUUCGGCUCCUCAGCAAUUUCUGGGCUUUCCUGGCCUAGGGACUACAGUCACCACAAACGACAUGGGCUGCCAAGGACUCCCAGCUCCACCGACUAUCAUUACAUCCAGCGUAACUCCACCGGCUACUUCACCAACUGUUCCCACAACUACUGCUACCACUCCAACGCACCCUCUUCUAACGACCCGAAGGGAUUCCACCACUCAGUGUGGACGCUUAGGGCGAAGAGAUUCCAGAUCUCACGCAAGCCCAGAAAGGAAGCAUUCGCGGCUGCAACGUCAAAAUACCGCUUACGAUGAAAGCUGCUUGCCACCAGGCAGUUGGAGCCGCCGCGGAAGCCAACCUCAGCAGCCAGCUUUGAGUCCCGAUGUGGACGAGACGGGGCGUAAGGCAAGACGCGAUUCCCUUAGCCCUGAUACGGCUUCCCGAGGAGGCAGAAGGGACUCUAGAUCCCAUUUGAGUCCAGACAGAUCUGGAGAUCGCGAUAUCAGUCCCGUCAGAAGAGGAAGAAGAACGUUAAGAAGACAAUCAACCAGCGUGGCCGCCAGAGCUCAUGGACCUAAAUCACCCGAUUCCUCUAGUUGCUCCAGCAGAGAUCCGAGUCCGUGUAACCGUGGUGCUCCGCCACCGGUAGAAAGUUACAGGCCUGCCAUCAGAAGACAAUCAACCACCGAAGAGAUUCUAAUAGCGAGGGGUUUCAGAAGACAAUCUACUACCGAGGAGAUGAUUAGGUGUCGAAAUUUUAGAAGACAAAGUUCUCAAAGCGAUGACUGUCAGAGGUACCGCGGCAGAAGGGAUUCGGCGACGCAAAUUUUGGACGGUACCAUUGCUUCUAUGACGGUAGAAACUUCUAGUACGUUUUUUGAUUCUAGCACGCAAACAGAACCGUCUCCUCUGUACGACAAUAAUCACUAUCAUGAGGAAUGCUUACGUUGCAACAGUUGCGGUCUCAAUUUGACGGGCCCCAAUCAGAAGCGGGCCCGCCGUUUCAAGAACCAAAUCCUCUGCGACCUGCACUUCGCCGACGUGGCGCUCAUGGAGUGCUCCGAUUUCAUGCAGCAGCUUCGCUCCUUCAAGCCUCAAUCACUAGGAUGCGCCGUCGCCAGGAGGAAGUCCUCGACGACGCUCAUCUUUCCUUUGCCCCCCCAAGCCUGCUCAGACGAAUUUUGCGAAGAAUUCCCGCACAACUUCAUCCCCACACCUGGGUAUUGGAUAGAAUGCUCCAGGCAGAAGAUCACCUCUGAUACCAUUUGGGAUGAAAGCGAGUCCGAACAUGACAACGAAAUUCAGGAAGGCGAGGAGGACGAGGAACUUCACAACAACGGCAUGGAUCACGAUAAUUCCAGUGGAUUUCGAAGAAAAGAUAGAAGUUGUAACGAUCUAUUCGAAGACGAUGAAGAUGACACGUCUUCGCCGAAAAAGAAGACGACAAUAGAGGAGCAAUGGGAGAAGAAUCAAGGCUUCGAAUUAACGAGUGUCGAACAAGAAACGUACGAGAAAUAUUUUUACGGAACCGAACAUUGGAAUUACUUUACGAACGAUGAAGAUCUGGGACCAGUUAUACUGUCGAUAAAACAAGAAACGCUCAACGGGCGCGAUCAAUUCAGGAUACUGGUGCGUGCUAUUAGUUACACCGUGCAUGGAUUAAUUCCGGCCAGCUGCGUUUUCGCCGAUCGUUACAACAGAGAAGAAGUGGUAAGAUCAUUGGGUAAGGAAGUCAACAUAAAUCCUCCUCUUAUUCUUGGACAACUGCCUGAUACACCCGAGGAAUUGCUUAAACUCGAUCAGGUGUUCAUCAAAUCCGAACUGAAAGUCGGAGUAAUCUACGUGAAAGAAGGCCAAUACACCGAAGAAGAAAUACUAGACAAUAAUGACAACUCGUUCCUUUUCGAAGAAUUCCUGCAAAUACUGGGCGACAAAGUUCGAUUGCGCGGAUUCGACCGGUACAAAGGCGGAUUGGACACCGUCCACGACCUAACCGGACUGUACUCGGUGUACACGAAUUGGAGAAACAUCGAAAUAAUGUUCCACGUUAGCACUUUGCUGCCGUACGAAAGACACGAUCCGCAGAAACUGCAAAGGAAACGGCACAUCGGCAACGACAUCGUUUGCGUGGUCUUCCUCGAAGCGGACAACACUUCAUUUUCGCCGGCUUGCAUAAAGAGCCACUUUCUGCACACUUUCAUUUUAGUACGCACAUCACCGCGCAUAAAAAGAAAACCCACCCACUACGAGGUAUCGGUUGUAACAAGAGAUGAAGUGGGCGCCUACAAGCCGUACCUUUGGGAGCAAAGUGUCUUCGACAAGGGGCCCAUGUUCAGGGAAUGGCUGCUGACGAAGGUGGUAAACGGCGAAAGGGCCAGUUACUCAGCGCCGAAAUUCGCUCGAAUGCAGGAAAGAACUAGAUCCCAAAUGUUGGAAGACAUUGUGGCCAAUCUGCAGAAUCACGCCGAAACUGGACAAAUACCGAAGCCUUACAGACGAGGUUCUUGGAGGCCAAUAGGGCACAUGCGUCCUUCUUCACCGUUGUUAGAUAGCGUUCGUGAUCAAUUCGAAGAUUACGACCAAAUCGCCAAAGAUUUCACCAAGAUGUUUUUGAACACAGAGUCCAAUACUUUAGCUAAUGCACAACUAUUCGACGUAUCGUUCCUCGUAGGUCAAUCGAAGCAAAAAAUUAAACUGGUUGGUGUUCGGGCCAUACUAGGGGUCCGAAGCCGAGUUUUCCAAGAGAUGUUGUACGGAAUCCAAACGGGCUUCGGCUCGCCGCAAGUACCCGUCGCGGAACUACUAGCUCGUCCUGUUCCCACUCUUCUCAGUCCCCAACAAGCGCGCCCCAAAAGUAGCAACUUCUUGCAGGUUCCCGAUAUCGAAACUCCCCGACCGAAGAGCGUGCCCAGCUCGCCGAUGGUAAAAAGAGCGUUUACUAGACUCGGUACGAUCACAGCCGGUUGGGGACGAUCCAUAAGGAAGCACAACGCCCAAGCGCUGUCUGCUGAGGAUAAAAAGAAAUGGGCCAGUAGCCAAGAUUGUUCAAAUAAGGACGGCAAGGAUAAAGAGGGCAAGGAAAAGCCGUCACUGAGCCAACUCCCCGUUCCGCGUUUGAGCGUUUGCGCGGACGCUCAAAAAGUCGAUCGAGCCAAAUUAGCUCAAACGGAAUUUUCCAUAAUAGAAUUCGACGCGGACACUUUCAGAAUACUCCUAGACUAUCUACACACGGGAUCUUGUCCGUUAACUUGUUCAACGAUACCGGGUCUGAUAUGCGCAGCUGAGCACUACGAUCUACCUGAGUUAUUGCAAGCGUGUUUCCAUCACGCCAAGCAAUUUUUAAGGAUAGAAGUUGUAUGUUGUAUGUUGUGUUCGUUAGAGAAUUAUUACUGGAGGUACACGUCGGCUUCGGAGCUGGUAAAUAUGAUACUGGCUUUCGUGGAAACGAGGUCUACGGCUCUGUUCCAAACCAGCGAAUUUUUGAACCUGAGCGAAUCGAUGGUGCAGAUGAUUAUGUGCAGAAACUUGGAAGUAGCUGAAGUUUUAAAAUUCGAGGCCAUGCUUGCAUGGGCGAAGCACAAAAUUCGAACAAAGACUUCUAGUAAACUCGAUGCCAAAUUAGAGUUUAAGUGUAUCAUGGAAAGAUUAGCUAGGGAUCUCAAAUUAUACCGUAUUACCCCACAAGAGCUGAUUAAGGUUGUGCUACCAUCGAAAGCUAUUAAAAACGAGCGAAUUUUGGAAACUUUGAUGUUCCAAGCAAAUUCGGGCAUGUACAGGAUUCAGGAUUCAUAUCUGAAAGAAUGCACUCAAAGACUGCAACAUCAAGACUCCCGAUUUUCAGAAAUGGAGUCGUUCGAUUACAGCAACUAAGACUAAACAUAUUUAGUAUAAAAGACAAUCAUUCCAUUCAUAUUUUUUGUAUAAAACGCGUACAUUUUUUUGGUUUCGAUCUAAUAUAUUUAUCUAACGCGAAACUUGGCUAAAUCUUCCACGGCUUUAUAUUUUUAUUUAAUGUUCCUUCUUCACUGUGUUUAGUUAACUGGUAGGAAUUGAAUAAAGCACUAGUGCAAAAAUAUAUCUAAGCGCAAAAUGUGUUACUAAAUAUUUUUAAUUGUGAACUUGUGGGUUAAUCAUGGAUGAAUUUUUAAUGGGGAUGUUAAAGUUAAAUUUGAAAUUAAUCAAUAAAAGUUUAGCAAUAUGAAAAGUUCCAAAUAAGGCAAUUCUAAGCAAUUUUUACAAUUUAAGUAAUAUUUUUUUAUUAUUAAAGAAAAAAACUGUUAAUUUUUUAAAAUUAUAAUUAUAAUUUUAAAUAGAGGAAUAGUUAAAGAACAAUAUUUAUAAAGCAAAUAAAUAAAGGUUUGGGUGGUAAUAUCAAAAAUACAACAUAUCAGAGCGAAUACAAUUUGAUAAUAAAACUUUAGAUAAUUUUAGAAAUUAGAAUUAUUUUGUAUCUCAUUCCAUUGAUUAACUCAUUGAUAUGAUAAUGAAAAUACAUUUUUUCAACUAGUGUUUUAUCCUUUGAAUAACACUGGCAUUAUUAUUUCUUUUAAUUUCAAUUUUAAACUAUUGGCACUCUUAAUGGAAUGGACGGACAAUCUCCCUAAAUAUAUAUAAACAUGAUAAAUAAUAUAUAUUAUAUAUAACAGCCUUAAGUGUUUCUAUUUUUAUAUUCAGGUCGAGUUUAGAUGUAUGGAAAUAUAAUUUUGAAGUAUAUCUAUCAAUGCUGCAACUGAGGUAAAUUCUAACUUACAAUUAAUUAUCGAGGGAAGUGAAUUAGGUAAUUGUUUAAAGUGUGCAAUUAGGAUAAAUAAAUAUUAUAAAGGAAUUAUAAGUCGCGCAAAUUUAAUAUUCAGAAUGAUACAAAGAACAUUCAGGGCGUAUUUUACACAUAAUAAUAAAUAGACAUUUCUUUCCUAUAAAAUUGUCUAAUUUUUACGUCUAAAAUCUACCUUGAAUGUUUUUACAUCUAAUUUAAAUAGGUAUGUCAUUUCCUUUGGUUCUUAAUAUGAUGGUGUCUAUUUAGGAAAAAAAAUAAAACGACCAAAUUAAUAUUGAUACACCUAAUAUUAUUGCUGUGUAUCUAAUCUAUGUGUAAUAAAUGUAUAAAAUAUUUUAUGAGAUUCAGGCUCGUGCCAAAUUCUGCGUUUGCCUUUUGAUUGCGGUUCUGAUAGAUAUUACAAACCUAGAUAAAUUAUAGAGAAUCAAAAAUAUUUUGUCACGUGUUACGCACAUUGAAAUUGUUUUAUGAAUCGUUGUUUCUCUUUGAAUGGAAAUGGUGAUUUUUUACUACAACAUUUACAAGUACAAAUAAGGGAAUUUGAUAAAUAUCCCUCGCUUGAUGUGUUACUUUGUGCUCUUGUGAUUGAUGUCGAGCUGAUGACUUGAAAUUUGUUUAAAAUGAUAUUUUAUUUUUACAGAAGAUAGUUCUUGUUAUAAAUGGAGUAGAUAAACUGUUGUUUUAAUUAAUAUUAUGUAGGUACUGUAAUGAAUGUUGUAGUAAAACUUAUUAUAAUAAAUUUAGCGAAAAAUGUAUAUUGAACUUGUCGAAAAUGUUCAAUUACUUAACAAAUGAUAUAAAUGUGUUGAACACAUAUAUUUAUUUUAAAUUCUCGUAACUGUUUGUUCUGGGUGUAGAGUAAACCUGAAUUUACAUACAUGUUUAAUAAAAAUGUUGAUUCUGUUGAAAAGGAAAUUUUAAAACAAAUGUUGUCUGCUUUGAAAAUCAUAUAAUAAAUGAUA